AUAUAUUUUACCCUGUAUGGAGUCACUGAGAGUUAUUAACCCAACCAAUAGUCCAAAUAUUUAUUUAAAAAAAUAUCAAUAUGAAUGAACUACCAGAACACUGUAUCAGUAAUGAUGCAGCUGAAUUGGAGAGUGAGGAAUACCUGAGGGGUGUGAAAUCAUCUACCUGUCUGCUGCUACCCACAACACCGAGCCCUUCUCCCAUGGACUUUAAGCAUCCACUAGAAGAGGAUACAAAUGAAAACAUAUUUUUGAAUUUGUGUGACAACCCUAAAAUAAUUGAUCUUCAGAAUUCGGGUUCAGCUGAGGGUAGUCAACAUGGAGAUUCAAGUUCUUCUGCAGACUCUAAUUCUGUGGUGCAGGAUCCUAUAAGUGCACAACUUAUUAACAACAUCAGCAUGUUAGAUUACCAAACACUGAGUAAAAAUGGAGAUAUUAUUAUGGGAGAGCCUGAAACCUGUAAGUUGAAUGGCAGUCUUGGUGGUGGCCAGAAACUUCCUAAUUUUGUAAACUGGAAUUGGCCUUUGAUCAGGAAAUUUCUUCUGUGGUUUGUUGUGUCCGGUCUCAUUGGAUGCUUGGCAGCAAUCAUUGCCAUGGUCAUCACAAUACCAAAGACAUGCAACCCAGAUCUUCCUUGGUACCAUGGAAAGGUAUUUUAUGAAAUCUUCCCAGCUAGCUUUAAAGAUUCAAACAAUGAUGGUAUCGGUGACUUAAAGGGUCUUAUAAAGAAACUGGAUUACGUCCAAAGUAUGGGUGGCUCGGCUAUACGUUUAAAUUACAUAUUUGAAGCAAAUAAUUAUCCGGAACAAUAUUAUAAUACUACAUCAUUGUUGAGUAUUGAUAGAAGUCUUGGUGUACUGAAAGAUUUUCAGGAUCUCGUGACUGCUGCUCACGAGAAAGACAUUUCUGUUAUUCUUGAUAUACCAGUUUUAAAUAUGGUUAAAUCUUAUGAUUCACUCGAGUCCAACUCUUCUCUGGUUUUUCCAAAAGAUGUAACUCAUGAUCUGGACCAAACCUCAGCUGCUAUUGCUUUCUGGGCUCGGGCUCAGCAUGUUGAUGGAUUCUAUUUAAAGAAUUUAGAAAAAUUUGUCAAUGAGCCAGAUUUUGGUAAAUCACUGCAAUACUGGAAGCACAUUAUUGGUGUUGGUAAAAUAUUUAUUGCUAACGAAAAAGCCCUAAAUAAUGUUAUGGAUGAUAACAAGCAAGUGUUUCUGAACAGAAUAGACCUUGUUGAUGUACACUUGGAUUUAGAAGAAGGUAUUGACGGUUUAAAGAAUCAUAUUGAUAAGGUAGUAUCCAGUACACUAUGGGAGAAGCCGUAUUAUCCUUGGGUACAUUGGAAUAUUGGCAACAUUGACACAGAGAGAAUUUCAACGAGGCAUAAAAAUAAUUCUUUGGCUUUGUUGGUAAUGGAGAUGGUUCUCCCUGGUACUGUUAGUUUGUUCUAUGGAGAUGAAAUCGGGUUGACUGGCCUUCCAGAAAAAGAAGUAGAGGGAGAUUUUCAUGAACAUAAAUAUAUACAUAACCUGGUGCCAAUGGCUUUUGCACAGAGCGAUGAGUCAGAUAAUGUUGCUAUACUACCAUGGAACUCCAAACCUGUCUCCGAGCCUGAAUUCCACUACCUCAGUAUUAUAAAAACACUGAUUGAACUAAGAGUUAAUACUCCCACAAUUUACUUGAGGGCAAUAUACAAGGACGGAAUUGUUAUGAAGAAUAUGGAAAUUCGAAAAACUGACAAGAAUUUGAUUGUCAUCGAGCGUUGGUACCCAAGGAGAAAUACAUGUGUAUUUGUAGGAAAUCUCGGCAACGUGCCAAUAACGACCGAUCUAUCGACUAUGUUUUAUGGCGGAACUGUGGUCGCUAGUACUAACACGUCAUUAAUUGGUGAGGUCAUAUACUUUGACAAAGUAACAUUCUUGCCUAACUCUGCCAUUAUUCUAAAAUUAGAAAAAUAAUAGAACAUACAUUUUUCAAUUUUAUAAUAAGAAUUAGUAUUUCAGACACCAAAACUUAAAUGCUAAUAGAAUCUCAUUUCUUUUGCCAAAGAAUUUUAUGAAAUGUUAUCAAUAGUUAUUUGUUAUUAACGUAGGUUAUGUGACUUAUGACUAGGAGGUCUAAAGGUUAGGAAUAAUUUAGAAAACAGGCAAUUAUGGGCGUUCCGCGUGGUCCUUAAAGGGGUGUAACCAUAUCUAGGGGAGGUGAAGACGGAAGACCCCUCCCCACUCCCUAGUUUGAGGCCCCAGUUUUAUUUCUCUUCAUUGUUUUGAGUCUCUAUUUAAGGGAUAAGUACAUUAACCUUAAUUAGUAGAAUAGUAUUAAUGCUGAGACAAAAAUAUAACAUGACAGUAUUUUUAUAUUUGAGUUACUAACUUGAAGUUAGUAAUUUAUAUUUUAAUGUUGAAUCUUUUUAUGAGUUCCUAUUUUAUGGUUGCUUUUGUAGUUUUUAGAUAAAUGUUAUGUUAUAUAGAUUAUAGAGUUUUUUUAUAGUACAAAAUACUAAUUUGACACAGUAUUGGGAAGUAAAGGCCAUUGAAACUUAUCGUUAGGUAUAGACUUUUAUUUAUGGACCUGCUUGGUCUACCUACCGGGGCGUUGGAAAAACUGUAUAAGUAAAUAAAACGAGAAAAUCUUGUACGAUAGUUUACUAUACAUUUGUACAUUUUGGAAUACAUUCUUAUUAUUGUUGUAUGUACAUGUUUCUUGAAGAAAUAAAUAGCUGUACCAUUA